GUUUCCGCCCCGGGCGCCCAUCGCUCUCGGCAGCUGCUGGGCCCUGAGCGUCACCCGUCGGGUCCGCCGACCCGAGACCACGAGGUAGUCGACGUCGGGGUGCGCUGUUGAGAGCCCGGUUCCGCGGGGUGAGCUCUCACGCUGAGGUCCACGCUAUCGUCGCCAAAAUGAAACCGUCCGCAGGGCGCUGCGCUUCGGGCGCCGCCGGCCCAAGUUCCGGCGAAGCUGAAGCCGAAGGCGCAAGCGCCACUAGCGGAUCAGGACGCGGCAAGAGCGGGACCACCGAGGAGGGCGCCACUAGCCCUCGGGGCGGCAAGCUGUCCACCGACAAGGUCAUGAGGUCGGCCCUGCGCGUCCUCAAACUGCGCCUGGACAGGGUGGGCCGGAAGCUCUCCGAGCUAGACUUCGACAAUCGCGCGUUGACGGGCCGAGUACAGUUCUUCCGUUCGGAGAAUGGCAAGCUGCACCAGGCGCUGGAGAAAGAGCGCACCAAGGCGAGAAACAGUCCAGACCGAUUAUCCGCGGGAAGUCCCGCCGGAACCAGCCAGGGUGGCGCAUGCGCCCUGGGAGGCGCCACGUCCGGCUCGCCCACCAACGCCUCGUUUUCGGCCGCGGCUCUCCUCGAUGGCGAACGAGGGCCUCCGACCGGCGCCAACGUGAACGCCGUCAGUUCCACGGGCAUUGAGCAGGGACCAUGGCCCCUGUCCCCUUCCGGGCCCGGCCGUUCGUGCCUGCUGGCCGACAUGAUGACGCCGUCCACGUCUUCGGCCUCACUGGACGCCAUUCUGAGCCCCCGACGCCAGCUGAGAAAUCUGCAGCAAGAACCCCAGGAGCAGCUCGCCGUCAUCGCCUUGGCAUCGACCGCCGCGGCCCCAAUCUCGCCGCCGCGGCUGGCUCUGCCUCCGCCGAUGCCGCCCGCGCUUCCUGUCUUCACGUUCGGCCAGCCACAGCGCUCGAACACGUCGUUCCAGGAUGUUUCGGAGGACCCGAUUUUCCUGUUCACGGAUCUCUUCGAAGACACUUCGGACGAGUCGGUCAACAACAACAACUUGGGCAUCUCGAGACAGGGUCCGGGCCUCGUCUCAAGUAGUGUCACAGUCCAAAAUGCCGCUUCAACUGACACGGUGCCCUCGACGAGCACCGCGGCCAAGCGCUUCUCGUCCAACACCACGGUCGCCUCGGACGUGGCCUCGACGUCGAGGGACCAGCAGCUGGACCAGCAGGAAACGCAGGACCAACACGACCAGCAAGAUCAACGUGACCUGCAGGAACAGCACGACCGGAAGGAACAGCUUGACCAGCAGGAACCGCAUGACCAGCAGCAGCCACUGCAGGACCAGCAGGUCUCUUCGACGACCUCUGACCCCAAUUCGGAAAGCAAGGGGACCAGGAGUCGCAGUCCUCUGCACGACGAGCCCGAUUUGUACGAGCCAAAGUACAGCAUGUCCUCUUCGUCCCUGGACUGAUUCGGAUACGGCGAGAGAGUGGCCCUUCUACACGACGCGCAUCGGAUCUUCUACGUUCUCGGCUAUAUGUCCUGCACUAUCGCAAUGAGCUGUCGAAGCACUUCAUCAGUACACGACCGCGACGUCUGAUGCACACCACUCACGUCGUCUUAAACCUUUAGCGAAGGUUUAUCCACACCAUCCCGGAGCUUUAGAUGUUUGAGUGCAACGUGAACUUUCGCAUUCUUGUCGUACGGUGCGUCGAACAACGCGUUUUGCGCUUUGAUCCCCGGAGCGUAUAAAGCAACAGCCGUUACAUUUCGCAUAUAGCUCACGUAUAAGCGCUGACGCUGUGAACGUCUAGCAAAACAUAGCGCUGCACAGGUUGUUCAGAAACGUCUUCUCUCAGGUGCUCGCGUUUCAAGACCAGCUCGUCACCGCAAGAAGACAAUAUGCGAAGGAGACGGUCAUCUGCAGAAGCUAUAGUCAUCGCGGUGAACAUUCUGAGCUCAAGUGACAAGCAUAUCGGUUUCAGUGGUUUCGAAAUAUCGCCGCCUGAACUGUACGUCUUGUCUUUUGCGCGAUUGAUUAUAGCGCAGUGGACAUGACUCGUGGGUUGUCUAACGCAAAUUUCAGUAUCAUAUCUCACGCGCGGCAUCUUGGCUACUAAAUUACGAGCUUCCCUGGUGAAGUUCUUGUUUUGUUUUGCUUACGUGGGCAAAUCGCGCAGUGUGUUUGCAAUCGGGGGUUUACCACGCGGCCUUCCGCGCGAUAAGCUGGAGAAGUCGGGGCUAGCUUGUCACAUGGGCACUUUUAAAAAUGUUUUUAACCAGACGACCCUUAUCUUUGACGAGGAUGUAUCUGAAACGAGAAUGUGCGUUAUCACACGGACCCAUUAAAUGAAGUUUAUGUGAAACAAGCUUUAAGUAAAAGGAUUUUACGGUUGUCUCUUGAAACUUCAAAGGAAUCCUUUUGUUUACAGUGGGCAGACACUAGAGAAACAUUAUCUAAAUUAAAAAGUGCAGCUUCUACCUACCAAAAAUUAAGUUGCGGAGCAAUAUUUCUUAAGUGCUUAGAACAUGCACCAUGCAUUGUGUGGUACUCAUAGUCUCUGUUGUUGCUCUGUAUAUAUAGCACGUACUGGGAGCAACAAGCGCUUCAUGUCGCGCACCGAGAACGGUCGCCGUAUAACGCCUACUCGGUCGCCCCAUAUUUACAGCGAGAGCUGUAAUGGGCUCAGACUCCUAGUCGUUGUAAUUGCCAGCCUAUGACUGUCUCAGCAAUAUUGAUGGGCUAUGCGA